CGGAAGAGAAUUACAAGUACCCGGAUGAGCUGUGCUUUGUUUUGUGGUGCCCGCUUGCGAAUAUAAUGACUGAUGGCACAUCCGCUAAUGAGCUCGUCGAGGACAUCACAUCGCAAGUGGAUAAAGAGGCACUCAAUCCUAUUCAAUCUGUUUCAUUUUGCUUUUCGAUAACGAGGAAUCGUAUCCAUGUCUCAUUUCAAAGUUGGGUCAGUAGAAGUCCAUCAGCGACCAACACAGCGACUCUCAGACCCUCCCAAGGAACCAGAAACACUUGAGCUCUAUCAAGGGCACAAACGAGGGCCACAAUACCGUUCGCUGCCUUGUGAUAUCAUUCUAGAUAGGAACUUCGUCCUCACACUGCGAGAUGGGACCAAGAUACGAACGGACAUUUUCCGUGCUAAGACUGAAGAGAAGAGUCCUGCAAUUGUUAUGUGGGGUCCAUAUGGUAAAAGUGGCGAUGGGGUACUUAACCUAAAAGUCUUUUCGCAUCGAGCAGGAGUUCCACAAGAGUGUUUAUCCGGCUACGAUAGUUUCGAAGGUGUGAGACUCGAUCCCGCAGAAUGGGUUCCAAAAGGCUUCACUAUUGUCAACGUAAACGCUCGAGGAGCUGGAGAUUCGGAGGGUGAUCUACGCUGGUGGGGAACUGCUGAAGGACGCGAUGGGUAUGAUGCGAUUGAGGAGGUUGCCAAACUACCAUGGUGUAAUGGCAAAGUGGCAAUGGCAGGCAACUCCUGGCUUGCGAUGGUCCAGUGGUUUGUUGCUGCUGAGCAACCACCUCAUCUGGUCUGUAUCGCGCCAUUAGAAGGAUCUGGGGAUCCUUAUAGAGAAGACUGCUUCAGAGGUGGAGUCCCGAGGUUCGCAUUCUCAACCAUCGUUGGUGGGAUGUUGCAAGGCAGAGGGCAGCAAGAAGACAUCACGGCGAUGAACAAGCUCAAUCCUAACUCAAGUGAAUACUGGGAGGACAAACGAGCGGAUAUGUCAAAGAUAAAUGUCCCCGCUUAUAUACUUGGCAGCUUUUCAACGAGCAUUCAUACACUAGGUUCCAUCAGAGGCUUCGAAGAGAUUCCCCAUCUGGAAAAAUGGUUGACUAUUCACGCAACCCAAGAAUGGUACGACCUUUACUCCGAAGAGCGCACCACGGACCUCCACAAAUUUUUCGACUACUAUCUCAAGGGCGCGCAGAAUGAAUGGCCCACCACACCCAAAGUGCGCUAUGCAUUACUUAACUACACAGAACCGGCUUACGUGAAUCUGCCGUUUCCAGAUUUACCAUGGAAUCUCCCAUUGGCUCAUUCUCAGAGACUUUACUUGUCUGCUAAUCAUACUCUCUCGGAAACACCAAUGCAAGAAUCAGCCGUUCUGAAGUAUUCUGCAGACUCUGCGAAGAACGACGGACUCGCUUUCGAGCACACUUUCAAUUCGAAGACAAUACUUGUGGGACCUUCCUCGCUAGUUAUCAGUAUUGCCUCACCGUCACAUAACGACAUGGACAUCUACACCCGGAUACGAAAAGCCUCUCCCGGUGGCGACUUUCUCUACCACCAGAACAUCCCUCUUCCUCAAGGUGCCGAAGUCCCCGAAACAAGCGUGUUCCGGUAUCUGGGACCUUCAGGUAUGCUACGUGCCUCUCGAUGGCACAUCUCCAGUGAACUCUCUACGAAGAACUGGAAGGUACUAUCUAAUAAUAAUCCGGAGCCUGUGGCACCCGGGCAAACGAUUAGACUGGAGAUCAUGCUCUGGCCUACUGGUAUUGUGUUUGAGCCGGGCGAGAAGAUGGUGUUAGAGAUUACUGGACAAGACUCGGGGUUGACGGAUUUCCCAAUUCCGCCGGAGAUGAUUGUGAAUGGGAACGUAGGGGAGCAUCAUGUUAGUGUGGGUAGUGGAGAAGAAAGUUACUUGGAAUUUAGUACGAUUGCACUAGGUUAUGAGAGUUGAAUGGGGUCGCCCAAAAUUGAGAGGAUAAUAGCCGGUGUAACGUGUGACAGCAACAGACAUCUUGAAAAGAAGAUAUAGCAAUGUUGUAUUAUCUAAUUUUUAGAGACGAUGGACUUGUUCUCAAUAUC